UAAGUACAUGUGGAAAUGAAAUUAUUGUACUAGGUUUUGAAUCAAAUAGGUAACCUAUUAAUUUUAUAUCACACGCAGCGCACUGAAGAGUUUGACACUUUUCUAGGAAUCUUGUUGUUCUGUUCAUCUUUUGGUAAAUUUCCACCAACUUCACUCUGAGUUGCCAAUUCUUGUCAGUCAUUGAUGUGACAUGCCUCCACAUGCUGGUUACAGUUAUGAAAAUUAAACAAAUCUAAUUAAAUUAAAACCAGUGCCUAACAAGGCUUUGCCCCAACUCAUUCCCCCCACCUGCCAUACAGGGCUUUGCCCUGACUGACCCCCUUCAUCUUAGUGAAGAAAAUAAUCACAGGAACAAGUACUUUACAGUAUAAAUGGUACUAAGAAAUAUUGAAAAACGUGUUGAGAUCUUUCAGAAAAAAUAGUAUUGACCAUCUACAUGAAGUGGUGAAAGACUCACAUUACUCAAUAACUUAAUAGCUAAAUGGUGGAGGGGGGCAAAAUCCACCCUGCCAGGAGGUUAGUUAAGUGAUGUUAGAUUAAGAUAGGGGGCACCAUAGAGGCAAAGCCCCUUUCAUCAAGUCACAAUUUACAUUUUCUUUUAAAACAAAACUGAAGGCAUUAGAAUUUACCUAGCGUCUUUUUUGCAUCAGCGAUUCCUUCCCUCACCACAGAGAAGCGAACACACUCACACACUUACUCUGUUGCCUGGCUUGCUGAAGGGGGGAGGUGCCGCUGCUGGCCUGCCAGGGGAUGCUGAGAACCACUGUGCAGGUGGUGCUGGUCCUGAGUCUUGCCGGGGUGUGCAUGCCGCCACUGCUGCUGACCGCCUGGAGGAGCAUCGUCACCAUGGCUGCCUCGUCGAGCACCUACGUUGCCGGCACUCACUCCAUGGCCUUCGUCACCGCCCCGUCGCAGGAGGUGGCCAAGAAGAUAGCGGGCGGCCUAGUGAAGAACAAACUAGCAGCGUGCGUCAACAUCAUCCCUGGCGUGGUGUCCGUGUACGAGUGGGAGGAGAAGAUCAACGAGGACCCAGAGGUGAUCAUGAUGAUCAAGACUCGCACAUCCCGCCUGGAGGAGCUGACUAAGUAUGUACGCGAGAACCACCCUUACGACGUAUGUGAAGUGAUUUCCUCCAAGAUCGACCAAGGUAAUCCUCCGUACCUGGACUGGAUAGGCCAAAUUGUCCCAGAGAAGUGAGGGGCAGAGAGCAGCACCUGGCCUCCCUUCCAUUUGCCCCUGGACACCACAACCAGACACACGCACACUCCCCGACAAGGGCAGAGAGCGUUGGGAUGAGGUUGGUGUGUUAUGUGUUGAGGGUGCAGUGUGCUGGUUGAGGAGCAGCAUUUUGGACUAAGAAUAUGAUUAAUGAGGGAAGUGGAGGUCAUUAUUGGGGCAUUAGGAGGAGUAAAGAGGACUAGGGAGAUGAAAUGGGAUAAGUGAGCAUUAGGACGGGAGGAAGAGGAGUAGAGUAGGGAGGUGAUCAUGGGAGAAGAUAAUAACAAUAGCAGUGAGGUAUAGGGGAUAAGGGAAAUCUUUGUAAUUCAUAGGUUAAUCACUUCCCCUCUGCUACACAGUGUGAUGAAUUUAUAUUUGUUAUCCAUAAAUGAGUUUGUUUUUUGAUUUUCUGAAAACUUGCCUCCAUUUAUUUUAGUGGAGGGGGUUGUGUUGGGUUUACUGCUACCCUAGGUUGUUGGGAGUAAUGCUCAAGUGUUUGGAAGUCAAUUAGGAUAACAUUAGUAAAUACCAUGUGAAAAAUGAAUUGAGGUACCAUAUGAGGAAA